UCCAACGGUUAAGUGGUAGCAUGAACCCUAACCUGUUUUCAAAAUUUUGAAUCUUGUGUGUCCGUACAGAGCAAGAAGAAGAAGAAGAAGAAGAAGAAGCAAAGUAGCAGUCGAUGGAGGAGGAGACCCACACCGAGGUUCAGAGUUUGGAUCCAGAGACGGAUUUUCUGCUCUCCAAUAGAAAGACUGGGACCGAGUGGGAGCUUUUCAAGGAGAACGUCAGGCCCUUGAAGCGGGGCAGAAAGGUUGAGAUCCUGAACGAUUCUCUCAAAUCCCACAACGACAAUCGGCUCAAGAAAUCCCUUCUUGAGCACCGGAGGAGGUUGAUUGAGGCGAUCGAUGAGUAUAAAGGAGAUGAUCCUCUCCAGCCAUGGCUCGAGUGUAUUAAGUGGGUUCAGGAAGCAUUCCCUCCUGGUGGAGACCACUCAGGGCUGGUUGUGAUAUAUGAACAAUGUGUCCGCACUUUUUGGCACUCAGACAUCUAUAAAGAUGAUCUACGCUACUUGAAAGUGUGGCUCGAAUAUGCUGAAAAUUGUGUUGAUGCGGAAACCAUAUACAGUUUUCUAGAUGCAAAUGAAAUUGGGAAGUCACAUGCUGUAUACUAUAUAUCAUACGCUUUGCACAUUGAAUCCAAGAAUAAGGUGAAACGUGCUGACGAAAUUUAUAAUCUUGGGAUAUCUAGGAAUGCUCAACCAGUCGAAAAACUGAAGGAUGCCUACAGGAAAUUUUUUGCCCGCUCAAUGAGGAAACCAAACGCAACAGAUGAAGAUUCAAUGGAGAAGUGUUUACCAACACGGAGUUUUGGAACUGUCCUCUCUAGGGGAGACAAUCGAAUGCAUACUACUGAGAACUCUGAUCUUGUCAAGAAAAAUUUGAAGCCAAAUAGGUCUCGUCCACUUGCUAUUUUAAAUGAUAAUGUUGUUGAUGUCCCAUUGCAUCAUGAGCCAGAUACAUCAAAGACACACUUGAACCCUUGGCGCGCUCUUGGAAGUCGAGCAGAGAGAAUUAAAGAAAAUAAUCCAAUCCCUACCAAGUGGACGUCAUACAAGGUUCCCCAAAGAAGACUUGGUUCUACAACUGGAGGUGCAACUCCAAGUUCCUGUAUUGAGGUGUUUGUUGAUGAAGACUGUGAAGAAAUGAAUGAGACGAAAGUUGAGGGUGGUAAGUCUUCAGCUUUGCAAGCUAGGCAUGGGGAUGGCCGAGACCUUAAAAAGGAAACAGAGCUACUGAGGGAGAAUCCUUUACGUAAUUUCCCUCUAAACAGCCUUCCUAGAUGAUUAAAUAUCUCCAAUGUGUUGCAUGGUUUCAUGCGUGGGUCAGCUUUUAUCUCUAAAGCCUGAUCCAUAUCUAUCCAUUUGUUUCUUCAAGUUUUGUAUUGACGAUUUUUUUUGUUUCUUUUUUCUGAAACAUUGAUGGAUUGUUGAGCAGGCAAACCAUCGUUCUGCCUUUUGCUCUAUGUUUAAGUUGUGUGUGAUAUAUCAAUACGAUGGCAAUCUUUCU